AUGUGGAACAAAACCAGAACGACGCUUCUGACUGUUGGUGUUUUAUUUCAUUUGUUUUACUUAUGGUCUAUUUUUGAUAUUUAUUUCAUUUCUCCAUUGGUUCAUGGUAUGAGCCCAUAUCAAAGUACCUCAAACCCUCCCGCCAAAAGAUUGUUUCUGAUUGUCGGGGAUGGUUUACGUGCGGAUACAACUUUUGAUAAGGUUACUCAUCCAGUGACCGGAAAGACAGAAUUUCUGGCACCAUAUAUUAGAUCUUUAGUAAUGAACAACGCCACGUAUGGUAUUUCACAUACUAGAAUGCCCACCGAAUCCCGCCCUGGUCACGUCGCUAUGAUCGCUGGAUUUUACGAAGAUGUUAGUGCUGUCACAAAAGGUUGGAAGUCAAAUCCUGUCAAUUUUGACAGUUUUUUCAAUCAAUCCACUCACACAUAUUCAUUUGGUUCACCUGACAUUUUACCCAUGUUUAAAGAUGGCGCCAGUGACCCAAAUAGAGUUGAUACCUGGAUGUAUGAUCACACUUUCGAAGAUUUUACACAAUCUUCUAUAGAACUAGACGCUUAUGUCUUCAGACAUUUGAAUGAACUGUUCCACAAUUCCACACUAAACUCCACGUUAGAUUAUGAAAUUAGACAAGACGGUAACGUAUUCUUUCUACAUUUACUCGGUUGUGAUACUGCAGGUCAUUCUUAUAGACCAUACUCUGCUGAGUACUAUGACAAUGUUAAGUAUAUUGAUGACCAAAUCCCUAUUCUUAUAGAUAAAGUAAACAAGUUUUUUGCUGACGACAAAACUGCUUUUAUUUUUACUGCAGACCAUGGUAUGAGUGCUUUUGGAUCACAUGGAGAUGGUCAUCCUAACAACACAAGAACUCCUCUUGUUGCUUGGGGUGCAGGUUUAAACAAACCAGUUCAGAAUUCUUUUCCUGUAUUCGACAACUACACUGACAAUUGGGAGCUUUCUAACAUCAAAAGAAAUGAUGUCAAACAAGCUGAUAUUGCUUCCUUAAUGUCAUAUCUGAUCGGUGUAAACUAUCCUAAAAAUUCGGUCGGUGAGUUACCAAUAGCAUAUCUCGACGGCAAAGAAAGUGAUAAGCUCUCCGCGCUAUAUAACAAUGCAAGAAGUAUUCUAGAGCAGUACUUGGUCAAGCAAGAUGAAGUUAUUGACUCCCAAUUCUUUUAUAAAGAAUAUUUUAAAUUUGUCGAGAAGUCUCACUCGCAUUACUUGAAAGAAAUAGAAGGCCUAAUUCAACGUAUAUCUGAGGGUGAGAACUAUUUAGAACAAGAAGCGAUUACGCUUACGGAAGAACUAAUGCAAACGACUUUGGAAGGUUUGUAUUAUUUGACAACCUAUAAUUGGAGAUUCAUCAGGACCAUUGUUACGUUUGGAUUUGUUGGCUGGAUUUUCUUCUCUUUUAUUAUUUUUUUGAAAUCAUUCAUUUUAGAGAAUUCCACCGGUGACCAGAAAGCAUCGCUAUUAACCCAUGCAGUAUUUAGUUGCAUAGGAAUUGUGUUGAAUUGGAUUUUGUUUUACCAACAUUCUCCUUUCAACUUUUACAUGUAUCUUCUUUUUCCAUUAUAUUUUUGGAGCUACAUUUUUUCAAAUAGAUCUGUACUCCGCUCAGGUAUAAAAGAAUUCUUUAAAGGUACUUCUUUUUGUAAAAGGAUUUUGAUUACAAUUUCUAUCAUUUCAAUAUACGAAGGGAUUGUCUAUGGGUUUUUCCAUAGAUGGACAUUCACACUAAUUACAAAUUUAUUGGCAUUUUAUCCUUUUAUUUGUGGUGUAAGAGAAGUAGCUGUCAAUGUGUGUUGGAUUAUAACCAGCGUACUCUUAUCUGCGUUUACCUUAUGUGACGCUGUUAAAAUUGAAAACUUGAGCCAAAUCCAUUUAGCAGGGUUUUUAAUCAUUAUUAGUGCCUUCUAUGCUCUCUACAAAAUACAUCCCAACAUAAAUUCCUAUACUCGUGCUAUAUUCACCAUACAAAUCUCCUUAGUAGCAGCCAUGUUGGUUGUUACCCAUCGUUCAGUUACUUCUCUGCAGUUAAGACAAGGAUUGCCCAGGGAAUCUCAGGUUGCUGGAUGGAUAAUAUUCUUUGUAUCCCUCUUUGUGAUGCCAAUUUUACAUUACAGAAAACCCAACAAUGAUUAUAAAAUAAGACUAUUGAUCAUCUACCUAACUUUCGCGCCAGCCUUCAUUAUUUUAACCAUAUCAUUUGAGUCCCUGUUCUAUUUCUUGUUUACCGCCUACAUGAUACAGUGGAUUGAAAUUGAGGAUAAAAUCAAGGAAAUGAAAACCAAAAAGGAUGAAAAUUGGUUACAAGUGUUAAGGGUUUCAGUAAUCGGAUUUUUUCUCCUACAGGUUGCAUUCUUUGGAACUGGUAAUGUCGCUUCUAUCUCUUCAUUCUCAUUAGAGUCUGUUUGUAGAUUGUUGCCAAUUUUUGAUCCUUUCCUAAUGGGUGCAUUGUUGAUGUUGAAAUUAAUAAUUCCCUACGGGCUGCUAUCCACAUGCUUAGGUAUACUGAAUUUGAAACUAAAUUUUAAAGACUAUACAAUUUCAUCAUUGAUCAUCUCUAUGAGUGAUAUUUUGUCCUUGAAUUUUUUCUAUCUUUUAAGAACGGAAGGUUCAUGGUUAGACAUCGGUAUAACAAUUUCCAACUACUGUUUGGCCAUUUUAUCAUCUUUAUUCAUGUUAAUUUUGGAAGUCAUUGGCCAUGUGUUGUUAAAAAAUGUCAUUAUACAGGAUAAAGCCAAAAAAAAACAAUAG